AUAGGGUCAUUUUCUUCAGCGUCACUAGUGAUCUGUCACAACAUCUCUCGUGAGUGUCCACAUCCUUCUCUGUAGGUUUUUCUGUGUCCUACCAAACACACAUCAGUUUUCUCACAUCACAAUCUAUGUGUCGAGUUCACUUCACUGACGGAAGGAAGUGGAAAAUAUGUCUUUGUCUUAUAUUCUUCUCAUUUAUGUUGCCGGUGUUGCGGUAAAAGGAAGUUGUGCAGAUUCAGUUCCCACUCCCACUAUUGUAAUUUCCCCUGCGUACAUCAAUGUAGCUACACCUGUUACAGUACGCUGUGAGUCACCAGAAGGCACAGAGUGCAAUUUCUACAGAGAUCAUGACCCCAAACCUAUAAGAAAAGUGGAUUACAAGCAAGGUGCUUGCCAGUUCAAGUUGUUAUGGAAUGAGUUCAAAAAGUGGAACAAGACUGAAGUAGAUCUCAGCUGUGUAAUUCUACAGAACAGACAAGGUGAAACGAUCAAAACCUCUAAACCCAGUGACGCUCGAAGACUUAAUGUGGGUGAUCCAAUUGGAAAGCCCAGAGUUAAUGUGGAGAAGAUUGUGAAUUACCUCAAUCUUCGAUGUGAGGCCAAGGCUGGCACCUCAUGCUACUUUUAUCUGAACAAUGGUGACUCACACUUUAAAAAACUACCCUACAAAGACAAUGUCUGUGUGGGGAGAGUGGCAGAAGAAGAACUGCAGAGGAAGAGGAGCAGUGCUGGAGAGAUCUUCAUCACCUGUGCUGUGGAGCUGGUUGUAGAGGGUGAAGAUACUGUGACAUCACACUAUAGUGAACCCCUCGGUAUCACCAUAGAUGGUGAGGAAGACUAGAGCCCAUCAUUUUCUGUGAUUUCAAAUGUGUCAAUCUUCUGUCUUUCUAUUGUUGUAUUGCAAGACUAAUAUAUUAUUAAUUUAUUACAUAUCAAUGUUUUAAUUAUUUGAGUUGUAAAUCCUCCAGGAGCUACUAGUUCCCCAUCAGUGUUCAGUGUAAUCAAACCUGUUCAGGAGAAGACAAGCAGCAAUGUCACAGCCGAAGGAAGAGGUCAGUAACAUUGGUUUGGUUUUAGAUUAACUGUGAAAAUAUUAUCAUGACAUUCCUCUGUCUGUCUAGUACUGUAUUGCAAGACUAACACUGUAUAUAAUUAUUGUACAUACUGUGUAUAUCAUUGUUUUAUUUAUUUUGGUUGUAAAUCCUCCUGUAGCCACCAGUUCCAUCUCACUUGGAGAAGAUAGGUCAGUCAGUAGUAUAACUACCCAAGGAGAAGGUGUAUUAAAUAAACAUGGUUAUUGUGAGCUCAGUUUGUUGAAAUACAUCAGCAAGUGCCUAUUCAGAUACUGUUUUUGAUAGUGAUGUCCCUUUCCCUUCCAGAAUCUGUCUCAGAAAUCCCCUUCUACCAGUAUACCAGUCUUCGUGCUGUUGUCUAUGUUAUCAUUCUGCUGAUGGAAUUUGUUCUGUGUCUUCUCAAAUCAAAUCAAAUCAAAUCAAAUGAUAUUAGUCACAUGUGCCGAAUAGAACAGGUGUAGGUAGACCUUACAGUGAAAUGCUUACUUCCGAGCCCCUAACCGACAGUGCAGUUUCAAAAAAUACGGAUAAGAAUAAGGGAUACAAGUAACAAGUAAUUAAAGAGGAGCAAUAAAAAAUAGCAAUAUAUAGAGGGGGGUGCCUGUACAGAGUCAAUGUGCGGGGGCAACGGUUAGUUGAGGUAGUAUGUCCAUGUAGGUAGAGUUAAUUGAAGUGACUAUGCAUAGAUGACAACAGAGAGUGGCAGUAUAGACGUGGUGCAUGCCUUCUCAUACUCACACAAAUUGUAACUGAUGUAGGAACUUCAUUUGAUUACUCUUUUGUUUCUGAGAAUGUACCUGCACAGCAGGAAAUGCCUACUUGCAGUGCAUUUGAGAUUUAAAAAUGCUUCUAAAGUUUGUAAUUUCCGCUUUGAAAUUUUCAAACUUGAUUUGCCCUAAAAGAAAUCUAUCAACCCCAACAAAAAUAUCCAUUCAUUUUCAUCCACAUAAUAAUUCACAUUUCCUGUUGCUGCCGGAUUAUUUUCCUGCUGUAGCAAACUGGCUCAAAUUAAGAUCCUACAUCUGUUUGUUGUUCCAAAGGCUUUUGUCAUGUCUUUUAAUAGCUAUACAACCUGCCCGUAUGAUUUAUUUUCAUCAUACUUUUAUCUUUGAAGUUGAUCCGCAAGGCAAUGUCAAACGGAGGUAAGAGUGGUCUAUAUAUUCAACAAAAUGUACUCAUGCAUGUUUUUAUAUUAUCUGUUUGAAUGUGCUGGUGAAUUGUUGUGUCUUGACCAAAACCCAUCUAAGCUGCAAUAUGUGUGUGUAGAACAAUGCUCUUUACUCCCCACUGCUUGUUAAUGUAUUUUGUAUUAUGCAAAGUGUUUCAUGUGUAAUGAGUUCAUAUGUCUGAAAUACAGCAAUUUUAUUAGCAAUUCUUUUUUUUCUGCUCAUGGAUGUUGUGUAUUCCAGUGGAAAUAAAGCUUGUACAGUAUAUUGUAAAUCUUGUUGAAAAUGUUUAUUUUCUUUGGAAGUUGAGGAGGCACUCUGAGAGGAGACAGCAUUGUGUUUAGUUUACACAGCAGUUGAGUUUCAAAGGUCUUCAACGAUCUUCAACGGUCCGAUGUCUCAUGAUGUUCACUGUUGUACCUGAACUUUAGCAGAGUGUGUCGAGUCUGUUUGUCACGUAGAUGUGACCACAGUGAGAGUACUGAUCAUACAGGUACACUUCUAUUUCUAGAGAUGAGGAGAAGGCACCAACAUCACCCCUGCAAACAACACCGCAAACGGCUUGCUAUACAUAUCUUCAUACUGUGAAGCUCAUGUCUAUAUCCAUCAAUAGAAAUGACUUGUCAGAGAACAUGAAGAGGUGUGGAAAGACACAGUAAUGGAA